AUGUACUUCACAUCAAUUCUCUCCGUUUUCCUGUAUUGGCUUCAUGUAUCAAAUGAAACAUCGGUACCCAUUCAUACUUACGACUCCCUCCUGUCUCAUUUAACAUCUGGAACUCGAGUCACGUACUUCUUCAACACAACAACUUGUCAGCCCCUUUCUUCAUCAGCUAAUGUAGAUCUCCCAGUGUUUGGAGGCGAAAUUAACUUCUUUUUAACAUCGAAGAGUUCAAAUGGACAGCUUAUUUUCAAUCACGACAGCUUUAUCGAUCAUUUUAUGUUUUCCUUGACUUCAGAUGUAAUUGAUGAAGAGAUACAGUCUGUCUAUAUUGUGGCUUACACUGCACUUAUCCUCUAUGGCAGACCUGGUGUCUUUGUGAACAGCACAGAAAACAUAAAGGGUGUUAUCUGCAAUUGGACUGCUGAAAAUACCUUCUGGGCAAAAGAAUCUACAAAACCAAGUCAACUUAAUUCUUACUCGGAAAUUCGUAAGUCUUUGAUGGUUGGGGAUGCUAUACGAUUCGUAACCACUACUGCGGGGUGUAAAUGUCAAGAUGAUUGUGGGGAUGUCUAUUUCGGCGGAGAUUUAAAAGAAAAAAGUCAUCUGGCAUUACUUGAAGAAGGUGGGGUAAAAUCUGAAAUUAAUAUAUAUCUCUUAAAUAAAGUUUUCACUGUCCAAGAGUAUAUACUUGCAAAAUUAUUAAAGACCAUAUUUUUAUGUAUUGCAGAUUUCAAGAUUAAAUCAGAUGGAAUGUUAACCUUUUCAAAAUCCAUGACAUUAUAUUUCCCAGUACCCACAAGUCCAAUGUAUUACCGGGAACUUCUGACUGCACAAAUUCAACCAAACAACACCGCUACAUUUCAACUGCUGUAUCUGAACGCAACAACCUGGGAAAUCGGAAACGGUGCAGAGAUGGUUUGCUCAAUAGAAGCUUCCAGGGGACAUGCUGAUUUCUUUAAUAUAAGUGCUUAAUAAU